GGUGAAUAACACUGUGUCAUCAACACCAAUGCCUAAAACUAUUUCAACAAGUUCCACCAGUCCUACUUCAGAAAUUGUUAGCACCUCGAUAUUUUCCACCCUUUCAACUAGAGCUACUUCAGUUGAAGAAACAAGCGAGCCUUUAGAGACAUCAUCAUUACAAUCCUCAAGCUCAGCUGCUUCAACCGCUCCAACUACUGAAAAUGUCUCUUCCACCGUUACAGACCAUGCUUCGACUCUUAUGUCACAGGCAUCAACACAACUACCAUCAGUACCAACAGAGACAUCACCAUCACAAGAACCCAGUACCACACAAACUAGUAACCAUUCAACAAGCGAACAAAUAUUGUCUUCUACAUCAAUAGAAUCAAUGACUGUAUUUAGUACUAAGCUUUCCACUCAAGCAGUUACUUCUACUACAAAUGAGGAAACUGGUACUUUUUCUACAAAACCAUCAACAUUCCUGACUACUGUCCCAUCCACCAUUUUACCACUCUCAACAACUCCAGAAGGUUUGUUAACAAUGCAAACCAGUCAUCUUUCCACUACAACCUCUACUCUUCUAGCUACAACAGUAAAAGAGACAGUGAUGUCUGAAUCAACACUCUCUCCUGAGGUGAAUAACACUGUGUCAUCAACUUUAUUGCCAAGCUCAGUUGCUUCAAGUGCUCCAACUGCAGUAAACAUUUCUACCAAAGUGACAGACCACCCAUCGACUCUUAAGUCACAGACCUCUUUAAAACUAUCAACAGCACUGACAGAGGCUUCUCCAUCUCCAACCAGUACAACAAAAUCCAACAACUUUACAACACGGGAACAAAUAUUGUCUUCCGCAUCAAUAGGAAAAAGGACUUUAUUUCCUACUGAGCUUUCCACUGAAGCAAUUACCCAUACUAAAACGGAGAAAACUAGCAGUUUUUCUACAAAACCGUCAACCUUCUUAUCUACUGCCUCAUUCACUAUCUUACCAGUAUCAGCUGUAACUCAUAAAUCUGACUAUGUACCUACCACUAACGUUGUAACAUCGUUACCAAUGAAACAAACUAUUACGAAGUCAACUACUCAUUUAUUAGCUAGUGUCAGUAAUCCAACUAGAUCUCUAACAGAAAGUAGUCAAUCCCUAUCCUCUUCUAAUGACCAGUUUAACAUCACACAAACGUUUUCAACAGUGACGCCAGUACUUAGUUCUACCACGGUGAAAACUUCCUUUUCUUCAUCAUACAGUAGGCUUAAUACCUCUACUACUGUGAUAACUACUGAAAAAAUAUCCACAUUAUCUACCACUCCAAAACUGUGUACAAACACUGAAAACAUGAAUUGCUCAUAUCAAAAUGGAAUCUGCUCUUGUGUUUGCAAUCAAUAUCUCAUUGGAAAUGAAUGUAAAUAUGGAAAAAACGAGACUUCUGCCGUGUUACCUGAAAGAAAAGGUCCAACACGUAACAUCUCUGUUGAGUUCACCAUAUAUAAGACAUUUAAGAUAUCCUUAAAUGACAAAUCAUCCCCAGAGUACUCAGCCCUGUAUAACCAAAUAAUAGAUGUGCUGAACUUUGCUUUCAAACUUGCAGCACCUGAUUAUUUUUUGGAAGUGGCCAUUCAUGGAUUCAGGAAUGGGAGCAUUAUUGUGGAUAGCACGGCUAUCUUUGAGUAUCCUAACAACCAGACGGGCAUUGACUUCAUAAAUAAUGAUUUGGAAACUGCAAUGAACAGUUCUCUGGUGCAGUCAAUGGCAGACCUCACAGAAAUCCUGAAAGCUAAUGUCUCCAUUUCUAAAAUACAAACAGGAUCACCGACCAUAACCAAGGUAGAACAGAUGAAGAAAUAUGUGAGCUGUUCUCUGAAUUACGCUGGCUACAUAGUAACAUGUAAUAGUAUAUACUGUUACUGCACUGGCCCAUGCUUCAAUAAUCCAGGCUACUGCCAUUAUCAUGGAGAAUGUUUCAAUGCAGCGAACGGCUCCAUCUGUCAGUGCUACAAGUAUGACUUUUACCAGUACCAAGGAGAACAGUGUGAGCUUUAUGAGCGAAGAUCUGGAUUUUACGGGUUAAUAUUCGGCCUGAUUGGUGGAGCUCUCCUGCUUCUCAUUGUUCUGAUAUUUGCAGUGUUCGUGCUGAGGAAGAAAAGGAUGUUCAAAUUAUUCAAUGAGAGACGUAACUCAAAAACAUGGUUUACGUAUGAUGAAGAAAGAACUAACUUCCAGCAUACAGAUAUGGAUGAUGUUGCCAGAUCAGGGAUCACAAACUUGGCAGCUAAAUUUGGAAAAUAUGAUUUAGAAACAAAUUCACUCAAUUCUUCGGACAGCAGCCUCUCUGCAGGAGUGUACCGACCCAGACUGGAUAAAGUUGACACUUCACAACCUUUCAAAAUUCAAAGACCUGAAAUGGUUUCAGCCAGUAUAGAACAAAAAUGAUCUGCAGACGUCUCUGAAGAAUGACACUGCUUUAUGUUGUUUUUAACAUAAUCUAAUUUACUUCUGUGAAUGUAACUGAAAAACAUGAAAAAGAAAACAUCUGGUAGCACAAAAAACACUUGACAAACCAGAUAUCCUAUGAUGUUGCGGUACUUUGCACAUAUAUGUUCCUCAUUAUAAAUUAUGAGUUCCGAUUUUUAUAUUAUACUUUUAUAUUAUUAUAGUAAUAUACGAACUAUAACCGAACAAAGCAUAUCCCUAAUGAACUCAAUGUGCAGGAAAUGAAGUAAACACCUGUACGUCUUUUGCACUUAAAAAUAUAUUUUGUAUUAAAUUCCAAUAAUGAUGUAUAGUUACAUUGUGAUACUGUAUAACUGUUAAUAGACAAUUAGAAUAUUAAAAAAUAAAUAGUCAAAA